AUGCUCAGCAGAUUGAGUGGUCGGGCUCGUGAGCUGGCUGAUCAAGCCAUGGUAGAGCUCCGAGAUGCAUUAGAAGAUGAGGCUGAGGAAAGCGAAGGGGAGUCUCCUACUGCUCAAUCACCUUCCAGCCGAGUCGGUCCAUCGACACAGGAGCCCGCCAUUUGUGACAAAGAAUCCGUUCCGGCACUAGAGGCCGAUGAGGACCCUCCGCCUCCUCCCCCUCCUCCUCCUCCGCCUCCGCCGCCGCCUUCCCCUGGUGGUGCGAUUCAUGAUGAUGCAUAUACAGUCAUGCCUAUCUGGGUCCACUGCAAUUCAACUGGGUGGCGUUACGAGUUCGCAGUCAUCGCCCAGCGUGGAUGA